CUGCAAUCUAUUUUUGAUAAAUGUAUAUAUAAACUGAGUAGUGCGAGGGUUUUUCUAAAAAUUGUUUUGUGUUCAUUUUACACGAAGUUACAGUUUUCAUAAAUAUUAUGACAACCUUGAAGUCUUCCACCAAAUAAGCGAACAAAAUGGACCACACAUUAUUUCCCUGUUGUCAGGAUUCGCCAACCCACCACCCUUCUUCAAACUGGGUGGUGCCAAAUGCUCCAACCCUCAUUCACACAACCCCACUUCCGGCGACACUGGGGUUUAAACCACCUAGCCCAGGUUUUAAUGUUGGACCUCUGCCGCAACCUUAUUCGGGUACCCCAACACGUGCUCCAUACUUAGGAUUCGACGUCCCGGAACAGAAUCAGUUUUACGCCAAUAAUGACACAAAACCGAAACGUCGCUUACCAUCUUGUCCCUCACCAGGAUACCCCAACCACCCAAUUUUUUGUCCCAGCAGUCCAAGAAGAGCGUCUUUACAAUCACUACCACUUCGUUCCAAACAAGAACAAAACCAAACUUCACACCGCAAAGAUUCAGGAAACCAAAAUUCGUCAAUUACUGUGGCAAAGCCACAACGUCGCUCGUCAUCUUCUAACAUUUGUCCCUCACCAAUAUACCCCAAACUUCCAAUUUCUUGUCCCGGUAGUCCGGGAAGAACCUCUUUACAAUCACUGCCACUUCUUUCCAAAGACGAACACAAUCAAACUUCAGACCUCAAAGACAUAGGAAACCCGAAUCCGACAAUUACUGUGCCAAAGCAAUCUCCCACUGUUAUUGCAGCAGACCAUUUUAAUCCACGCCGAGAUGCCGAAGUGCUCAAAAAAGCAAUGAAAGGUUUCGGUGCUCACGAAAACACCAUCAUCAAGUUACUAACAAAACGCUCAAACGCUCAGCGCGUAGAAAUCGCGCUUAAAUAUAAAACCCUCUACGGCAAAAACUUAACCAAAGAAUUGAAAAGUGAACUCAGUGGUAGUCUUGAGAAAACCGUCGUGGCUUUAAUGACACCACUACGACAGUACUACGCCAAGGAGCUCCACAACGCUAUUGUUGGGCUAGGAACUGACGAAGCAGUAUUGAUAGAAGUCUUGUGUACUUUACCCAAUACCGAAAUUCGUGCUAUUAGCACAAUCUAUCACAAAAUUUACAAUAAAAACCUUGAAAGUGACAUCAAAGGCGACACUAGUGGAGACUUUCGUCGCUUCAUGGUGUCCUUAUGCAGCGCAGGCCGCGACGAAAGCAUGGUGACCAAUUCCGCGAGCGCUGCUGAAGAUGCCCAAGCUCUUUACAACGCAAAAGAGAAACGUUGGGGUACAGACGGAUCCAUUUUUAAUAUGAUUCUUUGUGAACGCAAUCAUGCACAACUUCGGUUGAUAUUCCAAGAGUAUCGACGCCUCACUGGACACGACAUUGAAAACACGAUUAAUAGUGAAUUUUCGGGCGACAUUCAAGAAGGUUUCUUGGCUGUUAUACGAUCGAUUAAGAAUCAGCAGGCUUUUUUUGCUAGACGGUUGUAUAAGAGUAUCAAGGGUUUGGAGGCCUAUGACAGAGAUUUGAUAAGGUUGGUGGUGACGAGGUGCGAGAGUGAUAUGGGUGAUAUUAAAAGGGAGUUUGCUGCUAAUUACAAGCAGUCUUUGGGGGAUGCAAUAAAGGCUAACACUUCCGGGAACUACAAAAGGUGUCUUCUGGCACUAGUAGGAGAAUAGAGUUUUCACAUUGUUAACUGACAAUAUUUACCAAAUUUUCAAAUCAAUUUCAAUCAUUUAAAACUUAACAUAGUUUUAUAAUAACGUCUACGCAAGUACAUAGACUACUAAGCUAUAUGACAGUGUAUAUCUCAAUUGCUUGUUCGUGUUAAGACACUAAAUUUUUGAAGAAUUUAAAUAUAUAUGUACAAAUUUGUGCCGAUUUAUCAAAAGCACACAACUAACGUCAAAAAAGCACAAUUAAGAACCAAUUCGCUUUUUCGUACUUUAUUAAAUUUUCAACUAUUCUGUAGUUGUUGCGUAAAAUAUUGAAAAAAUUAUGUUAACUUAAUCCAUCCAUUUAAAUCCAGUUCUUCCACAACCUGACUUUUCUAGACAAUAAAACAAUACAUUGACUGACAUAUCCACGCAUGCAUUGCAUUGUAUGUUACAAUCUGUAUUUACUAAAUAAUCUUUAUUAAUAAAAAAAUACGCAAGAUA